AUGAGUACAUGGCCACUGAGUACUUUUGUUUCACAAUCUUCUAAAUCAGUUAUUUUAAAUUUGACUACAAGCACUUGUGAUGGCAAUUUAAUUACAAAGAUUGUUAAUGAACUUAGGAAUUCAUUAUCAGAAAGCACUUUUGAAAAUAUUAUGCUAAAAAACCCCGUAGCCGCGUUACAUUUUCUUAACUUCCUUAGAAAUACUGGACAGUUAGUAGACUUAAAGAAAUAUAUGAAAAUACUAGGUUUUAUCAGAGAAAGUGAAAUUUCUAGCUAUAGUCAGUUGAUGCAAAAGUUGAUGAAUUUAUCAUCGGGUCAUGUAGACGAAGUUAAUAAACAUUUAAUGCAGAUUGCAGAAUCUGAAGUGGCCUCAAAUCUUGCUGUUAAAAACAUUGUUGAAAUCUCUUCUGAAUUGGCUGUUAUCUUGGAUUAUCAGAACAGCUAUGAAAAAGAAUGGAGUUCAUAUUACAGUGAACUUUUUAUACGUACAAACGCCCGGAAAACCGCUACUACACUUCCUGAGAGUUUGUUGAUGCAGCCAUUAUGCGAAACUCUUGGUGCAUUGGCGAGGAUGGAUCAAAGCAUUAAGACCAAUAGUCGGGCUGAAACUCUUGGGAAAAAGUUCAAGAUAUCGGAUGAACAGUUUAGAUGGUUGUUGAUAGAGCCCCUUGUUCAGUCACGAAACUGGGACGAUCUAGAAUUUAUCAUGUUAAAAAAGAAAUCUUUGUCGCGUCGUAUGGAGGUUACCAUCCCAACUGACCGUUUUAUCCUUCAUCUCAAUUCAUUAGGUGUCCCAAACAAUAUUAUUGAAAGUUACUUGAAAUAUCUAAGUGAUGAUGAAUUUAUACAGAUUGUUAUUAGGUUAAAUAUGGUCGAUGAAGCGGUUAAACUCUGCUUGGAAAAGCGAAAUAUCAACGCUUUGAAGGAACUCAUGUCUCAAAUACCUGGCAAUCAUCAAAAGAAGAAAGAAAUAUCUCACUACCUAUCAGUUCCUGUUGCACAGUGGAAAGACUUUGUUUGUAGACAAGCGUUUUGA